CUUAUCUUGUCUGCGUUACAUUAAAGCAGCAUCUUCGGGCACACCCAGAACCUCUGCAGGAGACCCUACUCACUGUGUGUGUGUGUGUGUGUGUGUGGGUUGUUGUUUCUUUGUUAGAAGAGGACAAUCAUAAGCUGAAUUGUGGACAUCUGUGACAUCUGGGCACAAAAAUGAAGAAAUCAGAUUCUUCUGUCUUCUCCCUGGAGGCUGACGACAGGACGGAGGCGGACAAACAUCGCCACAAAUCCCCAAAUCAAGAUGCUCUAGUGUCGGUUUUAAGUGUGGGCCACGAGGCGCCCUUAGCCCCCAUGGACACUGACUACCAGGAGGAAAUGGAGAAGACCAAACCUCAAAUACGCUUCAACCUCAACUUUGGCAAAGGAAUCGAAGGUGAGGAUCCAAACAAGAGAGAAGACAGUCAGUCCUUUAACAUCGACAGGUUGUUUGACGCAGUGGCCAGCAGGGACGUUAGAAGGUUGGACGGCCUGCAUCAGUACUUGCAUCAAAACAUGAAGAAACUUUCAGACACUUUGUAUCAGUCGUACGGUAAAACUGCCCUGAUGAAGGCUCUGCUGCACCUCCAAGACGACGAGAACCCGAUGGUUGAAUUAUUGUUGGACAUCUCGGAGAGGAUAGGGGACAUUAAAGAGUUUGUGAAUGCAGCUUACACCAGUACGUACUACAGAGGGCAGACAGCGUUGCACAUCGCCAUCGAGAGGAGGAGUCUGAAAUAUGUCAAACUUCUGCUCAGUAAAGGAGCAGACGUUCAUGCAAGAGCCUGUGGAAAGUUCUUCCAGCCUCAUGACGGCCCAAACUUCUACUUUGGUGAGCUGCCUUUGUCUCUGGCUGCGUGCACAAACCAGCCUGACAUGGUGGCCUUCCUCCUGGACAAUGACUACCAGCAGGCCAAUGCAAAUAUAGCCGACUCUCAGGGCAACACUGUGCUGCACGCCUUGGUGGUGGUAGCCGACAACACCAAGGAGAACACCGACUUCAUCACCAGUAUGUAUGACUUCAUCCUGACCACCACCGCCCGACUCAGACCCAAAGUCAACCUGGAUGAGACCGAGAACAACAACAGGCUGACGCCUUUUAAACUGGCUGCCAAGACCGGAAAAAGUGGGAUCUUCGCACACAUCCUGAAGCGAGAGUUCCACGAGAGUCACACCAAACAUUUGUCUCGUAAAUUCACUGAGUGGGUUUACGGGCCGGUCCACUGCUCCUUGUACGACUUGGCCUCUGUGGACUCCGUGGACGAAAAGUCGGUCCUGGAGAUACUGGUCUACGGCAGCGACAUCCCUAACCGCCAUGCGAUGCUUCAGACAGAACCUCUGAGGCAGCUGCUGAACGACAAAUGGAAAAGGUUUGCAGGUCGACUCUUUGGUGUCAACUUCUUGGUCUACAUGGUGUACCUAAUUAUCUUCACUAUGGUGGCCUACAACAAAAAGAAUGGAAAGACACCAUUCCCUGUGGAACACAACACUGCAGGUUACUUGUAUGUUGCAGGGCAGAUACUGUUAACUUUCGCAAACUGCUAUUUCUUCUUCAUUGGGUUAUUAGAUAUGAAGAGGAAACAACCGAAGCUGCAGACCCUGCUGAUUGAUGGAUAUUAUGAUAUUCUUUUCUUUUUGCAGGCCGUGCUCUUCCUGGUAGCGGCUGCCCUUUACGUUUUAGGUCGGGAAGCAUACCUUGGCUUCUUGGUGUUUAGUUUGGCUCUCAGCUGGGUCAACAUGCUGUACUUCGCCAGGGGCAGCAGACACAUGGGCAUCUACAGCGUCAUGAUACAGAAGAUGAUCCUCAGCGAUAUCCUGCGCUUCCUCUUUGUCUAUGUCGUCUUCCUGUUUGGAUUUUCAGCAGCGGUGGUCACGUUGCUCAUCGAGCCCCCAGUGGAAAACAACACCAACAAGCAACAGCGCCUCUUCGGACCCACCUACCCCGAGGCCGAAUGCGUCAAACCCACUUUCUAUAACAUCUCCUACACCACGCUGCAGCUCUUCAAGUUCACCAUCGGCAUGGGUGACAUGGAGUUCACCGAUGACUACAAGUACAAGGAGAUCUUCUACGUGUUACUCAUCUCCUACAUCAUCCUCACCUACAUCCUGCUCUUCAACAUGCUCAUUGCCCUCAUGAACCGCACCGUGGAGAAGAUCACCGCGGAGAGCGCCAGCAUCUGGAAGUUACAGAGGGCCAUCACCAUUCUGGAUAUGGAGAAAAGGUUGCCAUUCUGUCUGAGGAAGAGGCUUCGCUGCGGGGUGGAUAAAAACCUGGGCACCACCUCCGAGCAAGACCGCCGACGCUGUUUCAGAGUGGAGGAAGUCAACUGGAACAAAUGGAACAUCAACCUGAGAAACAUCAGCGAGGAGCCAGGUUACUGCGAUCAAACCCGUCAGAUGGCCUCAGACAACCAGCCUGUCAGAACAAACCGAGGGAGGAGCUGGAGAAGUUUAUUUUCAGAGAUCAGGAGAGGAGCUUAUGAGUCCACUGAGAUGAGGGACAUCACCCACACAUGAAGUAGCCAUCUUAUAUUGCAACAUUAAUUCUUGGACGGGUUAUGUU